CCCGUCCUUGAACUGCGCAUGGCACGUUGCGUACUUCCCGCCCAGCAACCGGCCUGACUGCUGCGCGACCACUAAACUGAGGAGGCGGAGCCGAGACCGGGUCGGAGCUACGCGCCGACUGCUGGACCAGGCUGGCCUUGAACUUGGUAAUCCUCCUGCCUUAGCAUUCUGAGUGCUAGGAUUACAGGUUUAAAUUUUUGAGGUUGAAGAAGGUCUACACAUUAGGAACUCAUGUCUUUUCUUGUAAGUAAACCAGAGCGAAUUAGGCGGUGGGUCUCGGAAAAGUUCAUUGUUGAGGGCUUAAGAGAUUUGGAACUAUUUGGAGAGCAGCCUCCGGGUGACACUCGGAGAAAAACCAAUGAGGCGAGCUCAGAGUCGAUAGCGUCCUUCUCUAAACAAGAGAUCAUGAGUUGCUUCCUGCCAGAGGGAGGGUGUUAUGAGCUACUCAGUGUUAUAGGCAAAGGAUUUGAAGACCUGAUGACAGUUAAUCUAGCAAGGUACAAACCAACGGGAGAGUAUGUGACAGUACGCAGGAUUAACCUAGAAGCUUGUUCCAAUGAGAUGGUAACAUUCUUGCAGGGGGAGCUUCAUGUCUCUAAACUCUUUAACCAUCCCAAUAUCGUGCCAUAUCGAGCCACCUUUAUUGCAGACAAUGAGCUGUGGGUUGUCACAUCAUUCAUGGCAUAUGGUUCUGCAAAGGAUCUCAUUGGUACCCACUUCAUGGAUGGCAUGAAUGAACUGGCAAUUGCUUAUAUCCUGCAGGGGGUUCUAAAGGCCCUGGACUAUAUCCAUCACAUGGGUUAUGUCCACAGGAGUGUCAAAUCAAGCCACAUUCUGAUUUCUGUGGAUGGGAAGGUCUACCUGUCUGGUUUACGCAGCAACCUCAGCAUGAUCAGUCAUGGGCAGCGGCAGCGUGUGGUCCACGAUUUUCCCAAAUACAGUAUCAAGGUUCUGCCUUGGCUUAGCCCAGAAGUCCUUCAGCAGAAUCUUCAGGGUUAUGAUGCCAAGUCUGAUAUCUACAGUGUCGGAAUCACAGCCUGUGAACUGGCCAAUGGCCACGUCCCAUUUAAGGAUAUGCCUGCCACCAAGAUGCUACUGGAGAAGCUGAAUGGCACAGUGCCCUGCCUGUUGGACACCAGCACCAUUCCUGUGGAGGAGCUGACCAUGAGCCCCUCACAUUCAGCAGCCAACUCUGGCCUGGGUGAGAGCCUGGCCACCGGCAUGCCCCGGUCUUCCAAUGGUGACUCGCCAUCCCACCCCUACCACCGAACCUUCUCCCCACACUUCCACCAUUUUGUGGAGCAGUGCCUUCAGCGCAACCCAGAUGCAAGGCCAAGUGCCAGCGCCCUUCUGAGCCACUCAUUCUUCAGACAGAUCAAGCGACGUGCCUCAGAAGCUUUGCCUGAAUUACUUCGUCCUGUCACCCCCAUCACCAAUUUUGAGGGCAGCCAUUCUCAGGAUCACAGUGGAAUCUUUGGCCUGGUGACAAACCUGGAAGAGCUGGAGGUAGACGAUUGGGAGUUCUGAGCCUCUGCAGACCAGGAACGUUCUCCAGCCCAGGCAAUGGGCUGGCCCAUUCCCAACCUUCUGGGUGCAGAAUGGGUAGCAAGGACAUGCCAGCAGAGCUGGUUGCUGGCUGAUGGGAAGGACAUUCUGGGAAAGAUGUCUUCACUGCUCUGUGACUUUUAAGACACAAGGAACUCCCAGGAUCAGGUGGGUUCAGAAAGCUGACAUGGCCUGUCCAGAGACCUGAGGUGACCUCCUCAGAGGAAGAGAUGCUUCUCUGGCCCUGAGGUUGAAGUCCAAGCCUAAGGUUUGACUCAUCAACCCAUGGAACUGUCACCUCCUCUCCCUACAAGUUGCUCUCCUGCCAGCUGAAUUCCAUUCUCUUCCUUUGUUCCCAGAUCCUAUAGGUCUGUGAAAGGCAAGUUCAAAGCAACCUGCCUCCUUUGCCUUCAGGCCUCUUCCUAAUAAUUGAAGGGAAAGGCGUUUCUCUCUUUUAAGCUCCAGGUUCAAGCUGGGGCAGUCCAUCCUUACCUUUCUUAUUGCUGGGACCCUGACAUCUGAUCCCUUCCUGUACCUCAUCUGUGUAGCUCAUCUCUUUCCCAAGAAUCCAUCUUCACACCUCCUGCCACCUGUCUUGGUGCUUCCUCCAAUGGCCAUAAUGUCUUGCCUUACCUGAGAGCUUCAGUGCUGUUAUGCUGUUAGUUUCAUUGUCAGAACAAAUUAAAAUGUAUAGAGAAUCUGUUGGAGACUGA